AUCGGGUCAUCCUCCGGAACCUCUUGUUUGGCCGCAAUCGCCCUAGAUCCCUCAUUUGGUUUCCAUUGUCUCUUCCCUUUCGGUUUUUUGCCAUUCCCCGUCAAGAUGCAGCUUUGGCACACUCUUCUCCAGCUCGGUCUGCUGGCUUCGACUGCAGUUCCGACCGGCGCGGCUUCCUGGGGAUUUACUGAUGCCACCGUGUCAGUUCACACCAAGGGCGCUGGGGUUGGUUCGGGGUCGAAGGACGAUAUUCCCGACAACAAGGCCCUCACCAAGCCGAUUUCGCUCGGCGGCGCGGACACCCUCAAAGUCACCCUGACCACCCAGGAAGGCCGAUCCGCUAAACGCGCCCAUCAAGUGUUCCUCCUUCUGCAGGACCCGGAAACUGGCCUCGACAUUUCGUAUCCGUUCAAUGUGAAAGAGAAUGGCAAGUCGAGACUGGAGCUGACCCAGAAAGACCUUCCGGUCCAAUUCCUUUCCGUUUCCGAGCCCGUCGACGCACGAUUCCUUGUCGGCUCUUUCGGCAGCUCUGAGGCUUACAAUGGAGCUGCGUUCCCUCUGCUGGUCACCCACGACCCCGAUGUUCCAGUCCCUACGGUCGAGACCUCGAGAUACGGCAAGCUUCCUGAAAUCCACCACAUCUUCAAGAGCGAUCCUCAGAGCCCGCCCGUUGUGAUUACGCUGGCUUUUGUCGGCACCGUGCUUGCUGCUUUCCCUGUUUUGGCAGUCUUGUGGCUUUUCCUCGGCGCCAAUGUCAGUCAUCUCCCUACCGCUCUCAAAUCGGCCCCUCUCCCUCACGCCGUGUUCCUCGGAUCGCUUGUCGGGCUCGAGGGAAUCUUCUUCCUGUACUAUACUUCAUGGAACCUCUUCCAGAUUCUCCCCGCCGUCGCCGCGGUUGGCACGGUCGCAUUCAUCAGCGGAAGCCGUGCAUUGGGCGAGGUCCAGGGCCGACGCCUUGCGGGUCUUCGGUAAAUUCGUCCGGUACUGAAUUUGCCGGCAGUUUGUCAGGACUGUCACUUCGCGACUGUCUUGCGCGAUCUGUCUUCAUGUACGAGUCUCCAUAUCUGCGCAUGUAUAGAAAAUGUGGCAGAUGAACCAAAUCAAGAUGAACAUUAGUAGCUAUUCCAUGAACCAUUCCAAUUCUAGCGCCAAACUACAAAGUAAACAAACUGAGCGCUGCGUCGAACCUGACGUCACCCGCGCGGCUACGUG